AUGAACCCUGAAGUCACGGUUACCGUAUCUGAUACGGGGGCUAAAACUUCAGUAUUCACUCCCUAUGUUUCUUCAUCCAUAUCUUAUAUUCGCAAUGAUGAUCCAAAUAUGAUAUUUGGAGAUGAUGGUGUUGAUGAUGAUCUUGGUGGAUUCACUUACAGUCCAUUUCAGAUCAGGACUAAAAGUGAAGAUGAAACCACUGUUUCCAAAGGGCAGCUUAAAGCAACUCUUGAGAAACUUGACCAACUGCUUCUUGCCUCCAAGGCUUCCUCCUCUGACGCCUAUUCAAAAGAAAAUGUUGAUUCCUUGUUUGAGAGAAUAACAAAAGAACAUGCUGAGAAUGCUACAAAGAUGAACACAACAGUUUUAGAAUAUGCUGAUGUUUGCAAAUCUACAACUGAAAAAGUCGAUAAACUAAUUGUUGAAACAACCACCUUCAUGGAGAAUUACAUACCAACCUACAACAAUAACACUGCAUCCGCAAAUGAAGCUAUUCAAAACUUGGGAGCGAUGUUCAAGACUGAGAAGAUCAACUUAAAAAAGAUUCGCACUGGAUUCCAGCAAGACCAUACAUCGUUCCAAACAUCCUUUACUUCGAAAAUUACAAAGCUUCAGGAUGAUUUGGCGAUGGAAAAUAAAGUAAUGGAUGCCCUAGCCAAAAAGACAGAGAAGGUCAAAGUGUUGGAUCAAAAGCUUAAACAUACUGAGCAAUAUGUCAAGGAUUUGCUAUUUGAGAGGGCAAUUGUGCGAAGCUGCAUUACAGAUGUCACUAGUUUGCUCUCAGAUAUCAUUGAGACCAGGGACUUAAUGAUUUCUAUUAUGGCUCGUGAUGCUGAAUUGAACGAAACUCAAAGAAUCAUGAAGGAAGCUGAAGAGAAGGAAAGGGCUGAAAAGGAAGCUCAGGAUUCGCAACUUGAUCUUCUAAUCACUCCAAAAGCAUUCAGGUUUCGUGCUUUUGUGAAGGUUGCGAAUGCUCCUUUCACAGACAGUAGUGCCGAUCAAAUGUUGUUCUCCUUUUACUUAAAGCACAUGAAGCCCCAAUAUGAAACUUGGAGCGCACAUAAUAUAGUUGCUGUGAAGGAUGGAUCGCUGGAUGUGGAUAUUGCCAUUGUAUUGAAGAAGAAGUUGACUGUUGUUCCUAAGGAAGCUCCGAAAGACUUUGAGAAAUUAAAGCCAUGA